UUCGAAAAAAGGACUUAGCAUGUUCGAGUACUCUAGAUCUUCUGACACAUUUCCAAUGUCCUACCCGAAUACGGUUUCUAAUUUCGCAAAUUCAACUGUAUCUCCCGAUUAUGUAUGGGAAUUUUUGGAGCAACUAGACUGGUACCAAUUUGUUAACGAGCGAAUACCGACUUUCGUGUUCCUUCUCGUCAUUUCCGUGAUCGGUAUAAUAGGAAAUUCCCAUGCUAUCGUGAUCUUCCGUAAGUAUCCGUUAUCUUCCGUAACUGUUUUAAUCAGAUGGAUUGUUCACGUAGACUUAUUGGCAUGUUUUAUUUGUAUUCCUUUAGAACUUGUACACAUACGUCAUAGAUACACCUAUCAAUUGAGAAUUUUAUGCAAAAUCACCAGAUAUUCUACACAUUUUACAAGUUUUUCAUCCGGGGUUCUGCUUUUAUUGGCAGCCAUUGAAAGACGACAAAAGAUUUGCGCACCUUUCAAUUGGCAAUUGUCAUUUCGAAAAGCCAAGUGUGUUGGGAUUUUCGUGCUGGCUUCGACUGGAAUUAUUUCUGUCCCAGCUGCAGUAUACUAUGAUGUAUUCGACCACAAAACAAGUAAACCGGUAUUUGUUGGCAGAGACUGUCGGGAUUCGAAAGGUUUUGAGCAAGCAAAAAUGUAUGCCUUGUUCGUUCUUGUUAUUAUAUUAUCCGGGUUUUUAGUUUGCACUGUUGCAUACAUACAGAUUAUAAAAGUAAUAAGAACUCAAUUAGAAAUAGAACAAAACAGAUCGAAAUCAAAUUCGUUAUGGGAAACACGUUUUGCAGCGGAGGAAUCUGAACAAAAUAGCAGACGAGCUUCUUUGAAGGAGAAAGUUGAAAACCUGGAAAUAUCCGAAAAUACGUGUAAUAACUCUGAUACUUUGUCAAGAACGCCUAAAUCUCCCAGAGAAAAACGUUAUAAGGAUUCUUGGACAAUAACGAUGAUGAUCAUGAUAGCAACAGGGAUUUCCUUUGUAGGAUACAUGUUACAUUUUUGUGCAGUAAUAAUGAAAACAACUUUUCAUCCAGAAACACUGGAUAAAAUAAGACCCGUCUACAUAUUGAUUAUCAGGGGUUAUUUCUUGCAGAGUGCCAUUCAUCCCUUAAUUUACUGCAUAGUGGACAAGACGUUCCGAAAAGAAGGCAAAACUGUGUAUAGGAAAACAAUAAACAGACUUCGAUCGAGAAAAAAAUAAACUCUUAUGUGUUUUUACAUUGUUGGCACAAACUACAUAAGACCUGUGACAAAUGAGCUAUCUUCCCAAUAAUUUUAGAAUUUCAUUACCUCAAAACCAGUACAUAUCGUAAACAUAUAUGCCACAUUGCCUCCUUUCCUGUUUAUGAUAUCAUACCAAAUGCCAUAGGUACUUGGGAACAGGACAAUUGUUUUGCCCUCCCCCUUUUUUUCCAAAAUCCGUUAUUUUUUUUGUUUUCUAUUAAUUUCAAUUAUUUUCGCGUUUUUCUGUAUUAUAUGAACAUAAAUAUACUAGAAAUAACUUGUAUUUCCUAUUUACUAUCAAUUCCAAGUUUACUAUGCACAGCGGUCACUAAUAUAUUCACUGAAACUUGGAAAUAACGGAUUUUGGAAAAAAGGGGGAGUACUAGAAAAAAUGGUCCUGUCCCCAAGUACCUAUGCUUAAUGGAACUUAAUAAUCAAAUAAUUUUGAUUUUGAAAAUAAACUUUUUUCAAGAACUACAUAACGGGGCCAACUAAUGUAGCAGGGAUGGGAUAUCAUGGUUUUAAACUAGAUACCUCAAUGAUGAUUGUGGCCAACUUUGGCCAAUGGAACAAAAAUAACAAAUAAGACAAACACCUUUAUGAAAAAAAAAAAAAAAAACACUUUCAAACUCAUUUUUAUAAUUGACAACCCCACCCCUUCUCAUUACUAAAUUACAUAUAUGACUAAAGAUUGAGCAACCCCAUUAAAACCAGGAUUUUCAAUCCCUGCUACAUUGUUUCUCUCAAACUCUAUUUUAUAACUGACCACCCUUUCUCUUUACUACUACAUAGAUGAGUAAACAUUGAGCAAUGGGAGAAACAAUGCAGCAGGGAUUGAAAAUCCUGGUUUUAAUGGGGUUGCUCAAUCUUUAGUCAUCUAUGUACUAGUAAUGAGAAGGGUGUGGGGUGGUCAGUUAUAAAAUUGAGUUUGACAGUGUUUCUUUUUUAUUCUUUUUUAUAAAGGUGUUUGUCUUUUUUGUUUCUGUUGUUCAAUUGGCCAAAGUUGGCCACAAUCAUCAUUGGGGUAUCUAGUUUAAAAAGUGCGUGACCACCGUCACUGUGUCCGAUCACCCCGUUAAACAUUAUAAGUUAUCUACGUUCAUAUCCGUAGAUAUGGAUAUUUUAACACCCUGAAGUAUCCAAGUACACCCUGAGGCGCAGCCGAAGGGUGUAUAGGGUACUGAAGGGUGU